AUGUCCCUCAAUAUCCUAGUCGUUGGUAACGGUGGUCGUGAACAUGCCCUAGUCUGGAAAUUGUCCCAAUCCAAAUUGGUUAAUCAUAUAUACGUUGCACCAGGUAAUGGUGGGACAGAUUUAUUUGAAAAUGUUACAAAUAUCCCAAUAGGUUCAUCUAAAAAGGAUUUUCCAGCUCUAGUGGAAUUUGCCCAAAAGAAUGACAUUGGGUUAGUCGUUCCAGGCCCUGAACAACCUUUAGUUGAUGGUAUCACCACUGUUUUCAACAAAAUUGGUGUACCAGUUUUCGGCCCAUCAGAGAAAGCUGCAGUUUUAGAAGGUUCAAAAACUUUCUCAAAAGAUUUUAUGGCUAAACAUAAUAUUCCAACUGCUGAAUACAAAAAUUUUAAAGAAUUUGAUGCUGCAAAAGCUUAUAUUCAAAGUAUUUCUCAUAAUGUUGUUAUCAAAGCUACAGGUUUAGCUGCAGGUAAAGGUGUGCUAAUUCCUGAAACUAAAGAAGAAGCAAUCGAAGCCUUGAAGAAAGUUAUCGUGGAUAAAGAAUUUGGUGAUGCUGGUAAUGAAGUUGUUGUGGAGGAAUUUUUAGAAGGUGAUGAAAUUUCCAUCCUAACAAUUUCUGAUGGUUAUUCUUGGUUCAAUUUACCUCCUGCUCAAGAUCAUAAACGUAUUGGUAAUGGUGAUUCAGGUUUAAACACUGGUGGUAUGGGUGCUUAUGCUCCAGCUCCUGUUGCUACUCCACAAUUACAAAAAGAAAUUGAUGAAUUAAUUAUUAAACCAUCAAUUGAGGGUUUUAGAAAAGAUGGAUUCCCUUUCAAAGGUGUCUUAUUUACUGGUAUUAUAAUCACAGCUACUGGUCCAAAAGUUUUAGAAUAUAAUGUUAGAUUUGGUGAUCCAGAAACUCAAACAGUUUUACCAUUAUUAACAGAAGAUACUGAUUUAGCUGAAGUGUUUUUAGCUGCUGCAGAAGGUAGAUUAGAUUCAGUUAAAAUUGAAACUAAAAAAGAUCAAUUCGCCACAACUGUUGUUAUUGCUGCAGGUGGUUAUCCAGAAUCUUAUAACAAAGGUGAUGAAAUCACAAUUGAACAACAUCCAGAUUCAUUAGUUUUCCAUGCUGGUACUAUUAAACAGGACGGUAAAAUUCUAACAAAUGGUGGUAGAGUUAUUGCAUCAACUUCAUUUGCAUCAACUUUACAAGAUGCUGUUAAAAAGGCAUAUGAAGGUGUUGAAAGAAUCCAAUUUAAAGAUAAAUAUAAUAGAACAGAUAUUGCUCAUAGAGCAUUUAGAGAUGCUGAAGCUAAUAAAAAUGGUAUUACAUAUGCUGCAGCAGGUGUUUCUGUUGAUAAUGGUAAUUUAUUAGUGGAAAAUAUCAAGGCAAAAGUUAAAUCUACAAGAAGACCAGGUGCUGAUUCAGAUAUUGGUGGAUUUGGUGGUGUUUUCGAUUUAAAAGCUGCAGGUUAUAAAAACACAGAUGAUACUUUAUUAGUUGCUGCAACUGAUGGUGUUGGUACUAAAUUAAGAAUUGCACAAAUUUUAAACAUUCAUGAUACUGUUGGUAUUGAUUUAGUUGCUAUGAAUGUUAAUGAUUUAGUUGUUCAAGGUGCUGAACCUUUAAUCUUUUUAGAUUAUUUCGCCACAGGUAAAUUAGAUAUCCAAAUUGCUUCAGAUUUUGUUAAAGGUGUUGCAGAUGGUUGUAUCCAAGCUGGAUGUGCAUUAGUUGGUGGUGAAACUAGUGAAAUGCCUGGUAUGUACGAACCGGGUCAUUAUGAUACAAAUGGUACUGCAGUUGGUGCAGUUAAUAAAGAUAAAAUUUUACCAAAAAUUAAUGAAAUGGCCAAAGGAAAUGUCUUGUUAGGUUUAAAAUCUGAUGGUGUUCAUUCAAAUGGAUUUUCAUUAGUUCGUAAAAUCAUUGAAACUUAUGGUUAUUCUUAUACAGAUGUUGCCCCAUGGAAACCUGAAAGUACAAUUGGUAAAGAAGUUUUAAUUCCAACAAGAAUUUAUGUUAAACAAUUAUUAAAACCAAUUCAACAAGAUUUGAUUUUAGGUCUUGCCCAUAUUACAGGUGGUGGGUUAGUGGAAAAUAUUCCAAGAGCUUUACCUAAACAUUUAAGUGCAAAAGUUGAUUUGAAAACUUUUGAAAUUCCAGAAAUUUUCAAAUGGUUUGGUAAAACUGCAAAUGUUCCAAUUAAAGAUUUAUUGAAAACUUUUAAUUUAGGUAUUGGUAUGGUUGCAAUUGUUGAAAAAGAAAUUGUUGAAAAAGUUUCCACUUUAUUAAAACAAGCUGGUGAAGUUGUUUAUGAAAUUGGUGAAUUAGUUGAAAGAGGUGAUGAUGCAGGUACCAUUAUUGAAAACUCUGAAAAUUUGUAUUAG